CUGGCACCAGUGGAAAAGUGGUCAGCGCUGGUACCUGCACACCUCCACCAAAAGACGAGACUGAGGACUUUGAAGUGCCACCAGAGGAAGAAUGGGCAGUAAAGGAUGAUCCUAGACUCAAAGUAUGCGAUAACUUUGUACAAGACUUGGCACUCGAUAAACCCGCCACACAAUCGAGCACCUUCAACCAAAAAGAACUUACGGCAGAAGAAUUAAAACAAGUCGAUGAAAAAGAACGAAAUCUAAUAUUUUCCCAUUCCGGUCCUGGGCUAGCUGUCAAUGGGGACAUGUCCUUUACCCUGCGAGAAGGCUCCUGUUCACAUACGUCCCAUAGUAAAGACCCCUGGUGGAAAGUGGACCUUGGAGCUGAGCACAUUAUUACUGAUGUCAGCAUUCAAACGACAAGUGAGGGUACCAAAGUAGAUGCUUUAAAAAACUUCGAAAUCCGUGUUGGCAUCCUACAAGAAUUCCAGAAGAAUCCAAUGUGUGGUGAAAGAGUGGCAGCAACUCACCUGGGUGAACUGUGGACAUCCACAUGUGAUCCAGCCAUCCCUGGUCGGUACGUGUCUGUGCAGGCCUUUGGAGAAACUUAUUUGACGCUCUGCGAAGUAGCUGUCUUUGCCAGAAAAGAUAAUCAAGGUAAGUGUUCUACUGAACUCAAGCGGAGACGUUCCAACAUCGCUACUGUACCUCACAAAGAUCGUGUUCUCAAGAGAGCAAAGAUCACCUAUGGACGCUAUGACUAGAUCCAGCCAGGUACUGUGAAAAAUUGUGCCUCAUAUAUACUAAGUGUGCUGUAUCGUCAAAAGUCAACUAUGUCGUAUCAUCAAAAGUCAAGUACUAAAUAAGCUUCAGAAUUUGAGGCCCUGAGACAACUUCACAGUCUACUCUGAUUAAAGGCACGGCUAAAUCACAGAUCGAAUUGGAAUUUGGUGCAUACUUUUAAACUUUCAAUACGUAUUUCAAGCUAAACCCACCAGUCUUACUCAGCCUUACUCCGACAACAAUGAAUAAUACAUCAUACUUAAAACAUUUAACUAAACACACAGCUAUUUCAAAAAAGGUUGAAUACUGAAUACUGCAUACUGAAUAGUGCUCCAAG